AUGUCUUCGGGAAACGAAUCGACGCCAUCUCAGGCAACGGUAGAAACGACGGGGACGUCACCGGCGAAGAUGAAAGAGUACCCAGAACCAUUGGCUUCACAUGAAGAUGUCGUUAGAGAUCUUUCUCUCUUCUGGGAUACUCUCAGGCGGUUUCACUCCAUUUUGGCAACCAAAUUCAUGUAA